AUGUUGUUGUUGUUGUUGCUGCUGCUGAUGUUGUUGCUGUUGAUGUUGUUGUUGUUGAUGUUGUUGUUGAUACUGAUAGAUUGUUUUCACGGCGCCAAGUCGAAAACCACAGCCCCGAUCCCAAAAGAAAUUGUCAAAGAUGGCAUGGUCAUGAUCGAUUUGUACAUAGGGAACAUCAGUUUCAUGCACUUCAAUCAAGAAGACAGUACCGCAUUCAUUCGGUUCGAGAUGACAAUGGUUUGGGAGGACAGCAACCUACAAUGGAACAAGGAUGUCUACUUGAUCAAUUCGACCGUCCUACCGAGCGAUUCCAUAUGGACACCUCAACCCGAGCUAUUUUUAGAAAACGCCAAUCGACUCUCCUUCCAAUCCCACUCCUACAAAGUCAAGAUCCAGAACAACGGACUCGUACGAUGGGUCAUAGAUGUCGACACGGUAGUUUUCUGCGGGUCCAGACAGUUCCGGAUGUUUCCAUUCGACUGGCGACGCUGUCUCAUCAGGUUGGACUUUUCCCAUUUUGAUAAUCAUCACAUUGGAGUGAGGCUGAUAGGAGUGGGGCAGUUGGUUAGCCGAAAUCUCGAGUGGAAGCCAGUCAAGGAAAAUCCAGUUGAAGUUUGUUUCGGUGGGAUUUUGUGGUGGAGUAGAAUAGUUCUGAUGACGAUACAAAACCAAACAUUAAAACAGAAGUUCAAACUCCAUAGCCCGUAUCAAUACGUGUACCUGACACUGAGGAGAGUACCAACCUUUUAUAACUACCUGGUAAUAACGCCAUCUGUCAUCAUCCUCUUGUUUCUACUGUUCGUUCUCUGGCAACGAUCAUCAUCAUGUCAAUCCUUACCGUAUACGCAACGAUUCAACAACUACUUCCAAAGGGAUGCGAGCAAGUGCCCAUCAUUUGUAUUGCAUCUCUUGUUGUUCGAGAUGGUGCUGGUCUUGAUCACCUUCAUCAUCGCCAUCAUUACUUACAACAUGUACUACAACGACUACACCAGCCAAGUCCCUCAGUGCCUCAAGAUGAUUUUUUUCAACCCGGUCGUUCGCCUCCUAACCAGUGCCACCCUACCACCUGUCGACAUGAAAAUAACGGUGUCACGUGACCAGCCAAACGGGGCCAACAAGCCUACAGACCCAUUCCUGAAGACUAUGGAUAGUUUCAAUAAAUUCCUAGCCUACUCGCUCAACCCUGCUGAAAUUCCCGCCACGCACGCGCAGAUCGUCAGGAACGAUUGGCGCCAACUGGCUUACGCUUUUGAAAGAUUAUUCUCCAUCCUUCUAUCAGCCACCAUGUUUGUAGGGCUGCUGGCCAUUCUGCCCGUCAGCAGCUUCGUACCGGGCAUCAAUACGGCAUGGUGGUGGUAA